UUGAUGUGUUCUUCCUUUCCCACACGGAGGUGGACAUGAUUGGAAUGGACCCACUAAUCAAAAUUCGGAACUGAGCUACAAACUAUUUAACUCAAGGGAUUUCCUCCUCCAGAAGACAAGAGUUUGGAGAAGAAGAUGAAAACUUGCAGAGUUUCACAAUGGUUUCUUCUGUUCUUGAUUUCAUUCAGUUCAUGUUCAUUUACAGAAGCUCAAAAGAGCAAUCAGCAGUUGAAGAAGAAGACUUACAUAAUUCACAUGGACAAAACAAGUAUGCCACAAGCCUUUGAUGAUCAUUUCCAAUGGUAUGAUACUUCUUUGAAAUCAGUUUCUGAUUCUGCCCAAAUGCUUUAUUCCUACAACAACGUGAUUCAUGGCUUCUCCACAAGUUUGACUGUGGAGGAGGCUAAGUUAAUGGAAAAACAAGAGGGAAUUAUUGCUGUCAUGCCUGAAAUGAAGUACGAGCUUCAUACCACUCGCACACCUGAGUUUCUUGGACUUGGGAAGAGUGCUUCUUUCUUCCCGGCGUCCGCAAAGGUCAGCGAAGUCAUCAUCGGAAUUCUCGACACCGGUGUAUGGCCUGAAUUGGAGAGUUUCAGUGAUGAUGGGCUUGGACCAAUACCUGCAAGUUGGAAAGGGGAGUGUGAAGUAGGUAAAAACUUCAAUUCAUCUAGUUGUAACAGGAAAUUGAUAGGAGCAAGGUACUUUUCCAAGGGCUAUGAAGCAGCAUUUGGGCCAAUUGAUGAGUCCCAGGAGUCGAAAUCACCGAGGGACGACGAUGGCCACGGUUCUCACACAUCAACAACUGCUGCAGGAUCCGCCGUUACAGGUGCCAACCUCUUUGGUUUUGCUGCCGGGACUGCAAGAGGAAUGGCGGCUGAAGCUCGAGUUGCAACGUAUAAGGUAUGUUGGCUUGGAGGGUGUUUCAGCAGUGACAUUUUAGCUGCAAUAGACAAGUCUGUUGAGGAUGGUUGCAAUAUUGUAUCCAUGUCGCUUGGCGGAAACAGCGCAGAUUACUACAGAGACAAUGUUGCCAUUGGAGCCUUCUCUGCUGCAGCUCAGGGAGUUUUUGUGUCGUGUUCUGCCGGAAAUGGUGGCCCAUCAUCGAGUACCUUGUCCAAUGUAGCGCCAUGGAUAACCACCGUUGGCGCCGGGACGCUGGACAGGGACUUCCCAGCAUAUGUUACUCUCGGAAAUGGGAAGAAGAUAACAGGGGAAUCGCUCUACAGUGGAAAGCCUUUGCCGAAUUCUUUACUACCAAUUGUAUCUGCAGCCAGUGCGAGUAAUUCAUCCAGCGGUAGUCUUUGCUUGAGCGGUACUCUGAAUCCGGCGAAGGUCGCGGGAAAGAUAGUCGUUUGUGACCGAGGAGGGAACUCUCGAGUUCAAAAAGGGUUGGUGGUAAAAGAAGCCGGUGGUUUAGGGAUGAUUCUAGCUAACACUGAAGCAUAUGGGGAAGAACAAUUAGCCGAUGCACAUCUCAUACCCACGGCGGCCGUCGGCCAAAAAGCCGGCGACGCAAUAAAGAGCUACAUCUCCUCUGAUUCAAACCCAACAGCAACAAUCAGCACCGGCACCACAAGAUUAGGAGUUCAACCGUCGCCGGUGGUGGCCGCAUUCAGUUCUCGUGGCCCUAAUCUCCUCACUCCGCAGAUUCUCAAACCCGAUCUGAUAGCACCGGGUGUGAACAUUCUGGCUGGAUGGACCGGCGGCGCUGGACCAACUGGUUUAGACAGCGAUAAGCGGCACGUGGCCUUCAACAUCAUCUCUGGGACAUCAAUGUCUUGUCCUCACAUCAGUGGAUUAGCCGCUCUUCUUAAAGCCGCUCAUCCAGAUUGGAGCCCAGCCGCUAUUAGAUCUGCCCUAAUGACCACAGCAUACUCCACAUACAAAAAUGGCGAAACGAUUCAAGACAUAUCCAACGGAUCACCAUCAACGCCGUUCGAUAUCGGAGCCGGACAUGUAAAUCCAACGGCUGCCCUCGAUCCUGGCCUUGUUUACGAUACCACCACCGACGAUUACUUGGCCUUCCUCUGUGCCCUAAACUACAGCUCACUUCAAAUUAAAGUAAUCAGCAAGAAAGAUUUCACAUGCAAUGGAAACAAGAACUACAAAUUGGAGGAUUUGAACUACCCUUCUUUUGCAGUUCCAUUAGAAACACCUUCCACCAAAAGAGGUGAAAAUGUUGCUCCGACCACCGUAAAAUAUACGAGGACACUGACCAACAAGGGUGCUCCAUCGACGUAUAAAGUGUCAGUGACGGCGAAAAUUUCGUCAGUGAAGAUUGUGGUGGCGCCAGAAUCAUUGAGUUUUACAGAGGCAAACGAGCAGAAGAGUUAUACAGUGACUUUCAUUGCUUCUCCAAUGCCGUCGGGGUCUCAGAGCUUUGCUCGUCUGGAGUGGUCAGAUGGGAAACACAUUGUGGGAAGCCCCAUUGCUUUCACUUGGACUUAACUUCAAUACCCACAAGAAUCUUCCAUAGAAUUGAAACAAGUAUUCUCCUUUAUGACUUGUAUUGUUUAGUAUUGUCUGUCCUAGCCAGUGUUUAACCAUAUUAUAUAUUCAUGGGAAAGGAAAAAAUAGAAAGAAAGAAAAGGUGGCAAAAAAAUUGUACAGAAAAUUCUAGCAGAUUUGGCUUUCUUUUACAAGUUUAUAACAUCAAAUCAAGAAUUCCCAUUC